AUGGCGGGGUUUGUCUGUCUCGAGGGAGCAGUGCGCCUCGGACGGCAAGCGGGUGUACGCACGGAACGACAGCGAACGUGGGAGCGAAGAAUCGGAGGGAUGCCACGGGUCACGUCGCACAAAUGGACAACGGAGUCGCAGGGUCGAUUGUCGGUCGCGGCCAGCGAGAAGAGUUCAGAAGAUGGCGAGGACGAGGUGGAUGGCGACAAGAACGAUGAUGUGGAUGACGAAGGGAUGGAUGGUGUGGGAUAG